ACUGACUUCAGUCAGAGAUCGCACCGUCUCGCUGCUUCCCCGGUCCACGCCCUCUUCCCCCUUUCCUCCUUAUCUUCCCUCGAGACGCUGCCGCCGUCGUCAGUCGUUCACCAUGGCAGCCAACAUUCCCCCUUCCGCAGAGACUUUACUCAGCGGUGCCGCCGCUCACCCCCCCAAGACCGCUGAAGAGAUCGCCAGCCAAUAUGAUUUGCUACCCAAGUUGAUCCCCUUCCUCGACCGCCAUCUUGUUUUCCCUCUUCUCGAAUUUAGCUCCGGCCAGGAUGAUGAUAAGGAGACCGUGCGGGCGAAAUAUGAGCUGCUUAAACACACCAACAUGACCGACUAUGUCGCCAACCUGUGGCAGGAAAUCAACAACUCCGAUACCAUUCCCGAUGAGUUUGUCAAGAAGAGGGAGGAGGUUCUCGCUAAGUUGCAACACUACCAGGAGGAGAGCGCCAAGAUCACCGAAUUGCUUCAGGAUGAGGAUGUCGUCGGUAACCUGCGAAGUGACAAGGUUGCCAACUUGAAGUUCCUCGAGGAACAGCACGGCGUUACCACCGAGAUGGUCAACAGCCUUUUCGACUAUGGCCGCUUCCAGUACAGCUGCGGUAGCUACGGUAACGCUGCCGAGCUGCUGUACCAAUUCCGUGUUCUUUCCACCGACAACGACAAGGUUGCCUCGGCCACAUGGGGUAAGCUUGCCUCGGAGAUUUUGACCACCAGCUGGGAGGCUGCCAUGGAGGAGGUCCAGAAGGUUAAGGAGUCGAUCGAAACCCGCCUAUUCAACAACCCAUUGGGUCAGCUCCAGAACCGCUCCUGGUUGAUCCACUGGUCUCUUUUCCCCUUCUUCAACUAUGACCCCGCCCGCGAUGUCCUGACCGACCUUUUCUUUUCCCCUGCCUACAUCAACACCAUUCAGACCCACUGCCCUUGGAUCCUGCGGUACCUUGCUGCCGCUGUUAUCACCAACCGCGGCCGUGCACACAAGAACAGCAGUCUCUAUCAGAAGCAGCUGAAGGACCUCAUCCGGGUUGUCCGCCAGGAGGGCUACGAAUACUCCGACCCCAUCACCGACUUUGUUAAGGCCUUGUACAUCGACUUCGAUUUCGAGGAAGCCCAGAAGAAGCUGGGUGAGGCCGAGGAUGUGUUGCGGAGCGACUUCUUCCUUGUCUCUGCGGCCGAUGCUUUCGUCGAGGCUGCCCGUCACCUUAUCUCUGAGAGCUAUUGCAAGAUCCACCAACGGAUUGAUAUCAAGGAUCUUUCCACUCGUCUCGGCCUGAACCAGGAUGAGGGUGAGAAGUGGAUUGUCAACCUCAUCCGCGACACCAGAGUCGAUGCCAAGAUCGACUAUAAGGAGGGCACAGUGAUUAUGAACCACCCCCCUCAGUCGGUGUACCAGCAGGUUAUUGAGAAGACCAAGGGCGCAUUCUUCCGGACACAAGUUUUGAGCUCGGCCGUCGCAAAAUAAACACACAUUAUGCUAUAAAACAAGAAUUCGUCUUUUACCGUUCUCUUUUUGGUUCUGUUUAUGCUUAGUAUUCCCCCGCGGAUUGCGGGCUUCUUGAGUGAUGGGACCAAGCAGAGUGGCAUCAGGCUGGCGUUCAGGUGGUCCACUUUUCAUGUUCUCUUUCUUUUCCAAUUGUCUUUUAAUCUCUUGCACCGAUCUAGUUGGUUGGCACCUCCUGUCGUGAACCUUUGUUCAGAAAAUAUUUCGAUUGAAAGAAUAUCGAUUAAGUCUUACAUUGCUGGGAGAGCUUAAACAAGCGAAAAGGAGAGAAGGAGAGAAGCGACAGAGAAAAAAAAAAGGGACACUCAAAAAGAAAGAGGGAAAGAAAGGAAGAGCAGUACAGUAUUUCUUCUUCUUUUGCGGAUUGG